AGGCUUCGGCAUCUCCAGAGGUGUCUUAUGUUUAGGAGCCAUGCAGAGCCAGGCUUCGCUUUUUUGGCUUUUGGUGGCCGCGCUGGCGGUCAUUGUUGCCGCUGGCAUGCAAUGGGACACCGCAACUGCCGAGAGGUGGUUGCCGGAGAUCUUGCAUGAGAGCAGCGUGCAGUGGUGUAUGGUCAGUAUCGGCUUCAUGAUGAACUUCAUCGCCGCAUGUAUGGUCUGUGCAGGGGUGAAGAGCUCGGCCAGACUGGCUUCCACGGAAAAGGCCGUAAAGCCCAAGAAGGAGGUUCAAAUCAGGGAGAGAGCGGAAAGCACAGGUGAAACUGGCCGCGAGGAGUCCAGCUGGCUGGACCUCUGCUGUGCCAGGAGUCCAGGCGGCAGUUCGGCCGUGUCCAGGCAGAACUCGUAUGCAGGUGGAGAUGACGAGCCUGCAUGGCUACAAGAUGAUUCCGCACUGCAUCCCAAAUUCUGCGGCUAUCGCCUCAAGGAACCGGGAACAAUGCCGAACUUGACCCGCUUCCCUGCGGAGCCGCUGGGCAGCAAUGUCCCUUCGCAUUGGGAGUUUAUGCUUCCCAAUUGCGGGGACAAUGAGAGGAUGAAGUGUCGGGAACUUCGAGAACGCGUGAAGAACGUCAGGGGGGCAAAGGACCCCAUCACGAUGCUGCGCUUUCUGCGAGCCCGACAGGGGAGUGUCAGCUCUGCGGCCAAGAUGUACCAGGACGCCAUGAGGUGGCGCGAGGGCACCGGCUACGAGCUGGGCUUUCGGCUGAACAACAAGGACGACUUGUUGCACCGCAAAGUGGACAGUUGCUGGCCUCCCACCGCAAUUCUUGGCAAGGACUAUGAUGGUGACCCCGUGUACUGGAACAGGAUGGGACUCGGCAACUUGGACUUUCUCGAAAAGGCGCCGGCCGAUUUCCUGAUCCAGCAUGAGGUCUACACCAUCGCGCGCAUCAUGCAGGCAAUGGAAGAAGCAUCGCGGAUGAACAAUCGGCCUAUCAUGUACAUGACGGUGGUGGCAGAUUUAGGUGAGAUGAGUUGGCGCUCUUUCAACCUUAAGGGCAUCAUGAAGUACAAGGUCUGUGUGAGAACGCUGGAAGACAACUUCCCAGAGCUCGUGAAGCGCAUUAUUGCCAUUCGCGUGCCUCGACUGGCCUACACGCUGUGGAACAUUGCCUCGCACUUUUUUGACGAGGGGACCAGGGCGAAAAUUCAGAUAGCGGAUGGCAACAACACAAUGAAGGUUUUAAGUGAAUUCAUGGAUCCGAAGUGGGUGCCAGAGGCAUUGGGCGGCACCCACCGGAUCAACAACAGUAGCUGGUGCAAGCCUUGCAUACCCAGCCCAACAGGGCCUCCCUCACCUGAGACGAUGAGAAGCCUUGACUCAACCUUUGGAGACACCUGAUUCUCGCAUUGCGUAUGGGCAUGAUUGCACAGGCAGCUGUCAAAGCCACCUGCCAAGCAUGCAGAGGGCGCUGUUGCCGCGCAUAAUAGCCGCGCAGGGCAUCGGUGCCUUCUAGUGUUGUAAAGGUUUUACCUUGCACUUGUGUGUGGCAACGGUAGGAGAAAAUGGCAAUUGCUGUGCUUGACUGGCACGGUACUGUACAUUCUUUAACUGUGCUUGAUGACCGACAUGUCCCAUGUACGCGAUUCAUUUUGAGAUGGCAAGCACUCGAGUCUGUGUUGCCUGAACGAAGCAAGGCACCAUUGACAUAUUUAUGUUCUUCUAACUUUGCUGCGUUCCAAUUACCAGCCUUACCUAACUUUGCUCGCUGCCGAAUGUCGCUGACAUGUUGAUGUGAUACCUGCAAGGGAUUUGCGGGAAAGUCUUCGCCAGCUACACGAAAUGCAACUCCCAAGCUUCAGGAAAGUGGGCAAAGCGAAACCCUGGCUUCAAGGGGUGGCAACAGCUUGGCCCAAGUAUUGGCGGGCAAUCAGAGUAUUAGCUUGACUGUUUCUUUCUGCAGAAGAUUUGAGAAAGCGUUGUGGGAGAGCUUUUCUACAUCGUUUCCUGGGACGUGAGUCACGAGCGGCUGCAUUGAUUCGAGGGUUUGACAUUGGACGAGUAUUUCUACGUCAAGAGACGUGCAGGCAAGGGAAUUCCUUUGCUCCAACGAGCAGAGCAACGAAGCCAGAAAGAGAACCAAAGGUUGCCGGCCGCGGACAAUUUGGAAGGCAAGUGUGUAGUGUACGGAGUGUCAAGACCCGAAGUGUUGCUCUAUUCCUCUGCCAAAUUUUGGGGCUUAGGGCAUCUUGGCAGCACAUAUUUGGCCAGAACGAAACAGCGCGUUCAAAGCGGAUUGCGCAGCAUGAACACUUCAGUCUCCUCCGACGAACAGUUC